UGUUAAUCUACCGGCCAUAUUAAAAGUUAGCAGUCAUCUUGUUUUGCCCUUGAAGGUUGGUAGAAAAAUUUAUCAGGUUGCAAGUUGUAGGGUUGGUCGCGCUGUAACGCUCCGUUAAUAAUGUGAUAAAAUGGUGACAAUUAUUAAUACAGAGUAACGAUCGCCGGCGAACUUCUGAUGUCAGAACCUCGAGAACAUACCAAUCUCGAUUUUUUUAACCUGAACUUAGGCUCAUGGAAUAAUGGUUCUGGUAUGGAACUAGUCGAUAAUGAUAUUUGGCCUCCCAAUUCGGACUCUUACCUUGCUCAUACCAAACUGGGCAACAUGGGUAAACUGCAUACAGUUUAAUUUAUUUCAGCUCUUCCUGCCCCCAAAAAACCCGAAAAACUAACUGUCGACUCUAAACCGGACCCUGCAAUUACUUGGUCUAAUAAUCCUUUGAGGCUCUCUAACAAAAUGUCCAUUUGGUCGAGUGAUAUGCAAGUAUCAGAAGUAAAGUCAUCAGGUAAUCACAACCAACAUUGGGGAAGUUCAACUAAACAGAGUGUUUCACUUGUCUAUGAUGAUGUCUGGGACUCAUCUCACGAUCCUGUGUUUCAAGUGCCAAGGGUUACUAGUGAUACCGAUCCUUGGAAGCUUAGUCCAACACAUUGUAUUGGUUCCCUCACAAAUGCGCCGAUUACUAUUGCGGAUCCGGGUGUCUUGGCUGGUACAUCCAGGUCUUCCGACAUACCUCAUGAUAGUCCCGCUAAUAGCCUUCCUUAUGUUACUGCGAUGCUUUCUGGUCUGAAUCUUACUCCUAGGAAUCCCGAUGAACCAACGUCCGAUGUCAAGUCGUCCAUUGUCUGUGCUAACAUGAAUGAUGUUGCGUUCUCAGCAGAACAACUCUGUGACAGACUAAUCAAUACAAACGAGGGUUGGGGGCGACGACCAAUUGAUCAAGCAACACCUUGGGAGCCAUUAGAUCCAAAGUUGGGUGAUCAAGUGAAUCGCAGUGGCAUAACUACACCUACCCCAGGAGCUUGUCCUUCUGGGUUUGUAAGUGGAAGUCUUAGGAUAUCUCAUACCCACUCAGCUGAUUCUAACGUUUGGGCAAGUGGACCGCCAACAGGAACAGGAAUAUGGGAAAUGCACUAUGAAAGUUUAAGUGGACGCUCGGCUGUAUGGCAGGAAGAAUCACAAUCCUCGACUUACCGUGAUGCUUCGUCUGUUACCCAUAUUAGUCCUAGUACUUUAAUAAACUGUAACAUGAACGCCAAUUCUCGAGGUGCAACACCAAUGCCACUUAACAACCGUCGAGACUGGGAAGAUAAUGAAAAUAGAUUAUCCAAAAACUGGAGUCUCGGCCACUCUGAAUCUUCAGACCACAGCAGCUUAUUAUGGAACUCGGUGUGUGUGACUGAUAGUGAAGAUAGUGUUAGUGGGGAUAUCAUCCAUAGACGUCCACUAGUAACAGUUGGUUCCAGUCAGGAAACUUUUCGGAAUAGUGGAAAUGUUCAACAAUCCAAUGGUCGUCCUGUACUUGGUAGUACUCGCCCUAUUGUCCCGACACACAAUCCACCAGACGAGUUCUCGUGGGAUCCUGAUCCGAAUUUUUUGAGGUCCGGUGUCAAUCCGAACGGAAUUGUUUCAUGGGACACGUCACCCAAUAGCGUGGUCAGCACCACUUGGGGGACUCUUGGUACUUCCAGCUUAAUAAGUUCUACACAAACUCACUUCCCACCUGUUUCAGAUGACGUUAGGCAUCAACAGAACUUCAUGAGUACUAACUCACUUCCUCAGGGAUCUGAACGAUUACUAAUUCACCCAUACAGUAAUACCUAUCGCGCAGAUCUGGUCAAAUACUUAAUGAGCCAAGGAUUUAAAAGAGAAGAUGCACAUGCUGCGUUAAUUGCCUCCAAUAUGGAACCAGAUAAAGCUAUAGUCGAAUUACGGGAGCGUUACAGCACCAAUAAGGCUAUUAAUGCCAUGACACAGCCUCCAGAGCUUAAUCGUAAUUAUGGAGCUGAUAGCAUUCUGCACGUUGUAACAAGAAACGGACCCAUGUACCAGCUGUCGAAUCAUACGUCUUUAUCACAGUUCGCACCUUCUGGAAAUAACUCUUCGGUGUCUGCACAAAAUCAUCGUCUGAAGCAGUCAGGGUUGUGCGUGUCUACGCAAAGUAAUACAACUCAACUUUUAUCUAUGCAACCAAUCCCUAACUCUCAAUUCAUGCGACAGCAGAUUACACAACAGGUUCGAUCGGCCUUAAACCUUUCCAUUCCAAGUCCGUUAGGUGUACAGACGAAUGGGAGUGCCACAAUGGGAACCUGUGGUGGUUCGCUUUUGGGAAAGCCUCCAUCUCUUUCCUUAUCAAACGUUAAUUCCAACAUUCAAACUGCAUCGUCUACUAAUCCACAUUCAAGCACUAGCCUACUAACUACUACUAGUUUAUGUCCUAUCAAAAAUAAUCGUACAUCGACUGGACCAGCGUCUUUAAACCAAAACUCAGCGAAAAGGUCGCCUCGUCAAAUUUCGAUCAUAAACUCCAUGAUUGAAUUGCAGAAAAAACAUCAGAGUAUUCAACACCAAUUAAAUAUGUAUCAUAAUAACCCUGCCCUUCGUUCACAACCUCAGUACGCGGACGUAUUUGUUGAACUCCAAGGUCAAAUGCAACAAAUUGAAACUCAGUUACACGGAAAGCGAGCACAGCUUAACAUAACUCGUGCUCAAGAUUCUGUAACACAAUCUGUAAAGAACCCUUUAAUACCAACAAAUGGUACCGAUAUUUCUGAUAACUCGUUUCCUGCUAUUGGAACAUGGAUAUCUCCUUCACCACAAUGUAGCGAAAACUUUGAUAAAAACGUCAUGGAUGGAUCAGGUAUGUGAAAUAAAAUACUCUGUUUUCAUCCUCAGUAACGUAAAAAUCCGCGAAACAUUGAAUUGGUCUCGUUGAUUUCUAAGCCGUUGAAAUUAUAUCAAUUUCGUUUCACUACUAUGCUCAUACCGGCAAGGUGACUAAAUGCUCUGGAUAGCUUUUAAAUUGUUUCCGUCGUUUACUACAGUAUACAUGUAUCUUAUUCGUUAGUUCAACUUUUUAUUUGAAUUUCAGCUUUUUCUAAUGUAAUCCAAACGUGAGACAAUUGUAUAGACAAUAUAUUACAAGUCGAGGAGCUUGUCAGUCAAUUGUUAAGAUGAAACGUUCACUCGAAUAUGUUUUGACAUGAUAUCCCGAGAUCGACAUGAAUAACGAUGUUUCCUAGCACUUAUUUAAACAAAAGGUUAAUAUAGACUGGAUUUUGGUGGCGUUCACAGAAUUGUUAGAUGCUUAGAUACUCAUCUCUUCGGGCUCUGAACACGAUGAGCAGUGAAGACAAUUUAAAAUUAGGCUAACUUGCGUCACUUAUGGUGUAGACUAGAUAUCCGCCUGUCAACUAACGGGGGAAUAUGCUCAUCAUUUCUGUUUUACUUUGUAAUUAUGGAACGUGGCCUGUAAAAGUAGAACAUAUUCAUCGAUUAUUAGUAUUGUUUUUUUAUCGCGAUCAUGAACCGAUUGAUGUUAGACCACCAUUGAAAACCUGGAACGUGGGAUCAGUCCAUGAAGUAACUGACAGCUGGACUAAGUCGUGUAGGAAGGUACAAACUACCUGGUUGUAGUCCACAUGAUUAUCGCAACCAAUGGCCGAAGACUUUGAGCAACAUGGCUCAGAAUAGUUUGCAACGGUGCAGGUACAUUUACACUUUGUCUUCCCUUAGAUCUUAAUUACCGUAAAAACAAUUUUUUACCCCACCAAUUUAAUUUUCUCGGAUCAUGUCUUCUGUGAGCAAUCUUUUCAUUUACCACUAAUGCAGUCACUGGUUCUACUACUGGAAUUAUCUCACUAUGAUAUGGUGUGGCAACUUGAACCGAUGCACAAGUGCCAGGUUAUACGUUGCAUAUAAAUUACGGAAUAUAGUUUUCAAUUACAAUUGGUUUAUAUUUCCAUCUAUUUUGCUGUUGGUGAGUAUUUUCGAAGCAGGUCAUUUAGCGGAUUUCUUUAUUUCAAACUAAAGUGUGCUUAAUUGAUAUUUCUUUUUGCAAUACUCUCGCCAUUUUUUUAUAGCUUCUAAGUUGAACAACUUCACGCGCACUCCUUCUUGCAAAAUAUCUGGUAGUUGGUCUCCUACCUGGUCUUCAUCUGUUAUAAAUCCAUCCUGUCCAAAUAUUCGAUCCAUUCAUAAUCAAUGGCAACUAAUACAUAAUCAACAACGAUGUGCUUUAGAGAGUAACUUGAAGUUUCCGGUGUCAAAAAAUAAUCCUUCGAGUACCCUAUCUAUUGAAGCUCAAGGUCAAUGGCUACUAGUGCAACCACUCUUAGGAUGGAGCGGUACAAACAUUCACAGCCUGCAAAACAUUUUAUCAAAUCAUUUUAAACUUACUAGUUUUCAUGUUUUGAAUCCAAGCAGCUGUAGUGUACUUAUAAGGCUUCAAAAUAUAGAGGACUCACUGCAGUUAGUGAAGUUUUUUGGCGACCGUUUAUCUGUAGAACCGUUGUCUGAUCACGAUGCUCGCGUUCAUUUGCAACAGCUAGUAUGUUUCGUGUCAGUUUUUCGUUUUAAAUUAUUUUGUAAAGUUCUGCUGCUUACCCUGAUUUUCUUGAAGACCUUCAAGAUGUUUUAAAUAAGCAACUUUUAGCAUUCUGCUUAGCAGAUAACUUAGUACCGUCUGAGUUAACUUAAGAUUAUAUCUGUAGAACCUCACUACAACAUUAAUUAUAAUAGCUACGAUUUUUGUUGCAAACAGUUGUAAAAACAACAAUAGGUAGUCAACUCGAAUUUUCGCCUCAUUUAAUCCUGUUUUUGUUGUUUACACAGGCUCUAUACAAGCGCAUAUUUGUUCUCAAUAAGUACCAUGUGUAACCUUCAUCUGAUAACCCGUGAUAGAUUGUUGAAAUACUUCCCACAGCUUUUCAUUUGUUUUCUAUUCGUAUUUUUCGUCUGGAGUAUCCAUUUUUGUACGAUUUUAUGUUUUUCACUAGAAUAAUCUUCCCUAAAACUAUCUUCAGUUUUUAGAUAAUGUCUUAUUCAAAGGUAAAAGUAAUUUUCGGUAUCCAUUUUUCUCAGGUAUCAUACUCUAUGUGGAAAGCCUAGUGUAAUCUCAAAAUAAUCUUCUGUAUGUAUUUCAUUUAUAUAGCAUUUGUGACUAUGUGGACUACAUGAUGUUUCCCAACUUUUUUAAUUUUUAUUUUAGUCUUUGAACGCUUGUGGAGAUGGCCUAAUAUCCAAUCACUUUAAUACGUCAUCUGAUAUACAUGCCACACCACCUAGUUUGAAUAGCAAUGGACAGUUUUACUCCCCCAUGAAUUCAAAUAACAAAAAGCCUAAUCCUCAUAUAGCUCGUUUUGGAAUAACUGUAUGUGGAAGCAAGUAAAGAUUUAUAUUUGUGAGAAAGAUGGUCGUCUCAUGGAAUCUCUUGUAUUCUCUGAAUAUCUUAGGGAAGUCUUCCAAUCUCAACGCUUUCGCGUUCAGAUUCACGUCUCUGAAGCGCAGCCAAUCUGUCAGUAUAAAAGUUAAUGACUAACUUAAGUUAUGCUCAAGUUUUGCCAGUAUGUAUUACUCUUUGAAUACCCCUAUUUAGUUCAUCGUUUGCUGUGCCUAAGAACAUUCUGUGAUCCAAUAUUAUUACAAUCAUACGUUUUGAAUUUACAAAAUUAUAUGCGGAUCAAAACUAGUCAGAAUUGCCUUGUAAAUUAUAAACAUCCUCUUUAUCCAUAUUUUCCCCAUCUGAUAUAUAUAUAUAUAUAUAUAU